AUGAUGACGUCAGACGCUAGCACAGCGGAGCCAGAAGGACGUUGCUGUGCCCAGAAGAAGACGCGAAUCGUGUGCCUUAACUACCGCCAAAUCAUGGAGCCCGCCGGGAAUGACCGAGCCGAACAAAGUACCGAGUGCCGGACCAAGAAACAUCUCAACCAUCACAAGGGUGCUGAUAGCAAAUGCGGCUGUAACCCCUGCUGCUGUAACCAGAAGUCCUGCUGCUGUAAGCCUCAAUCCUGCUGUUGCAGCAAAUGCGGAUGUAACCCCUGCUGCUGUAAGCCGCAGUCCUGCUGUUGCAGCAAGUGUGGAUGUAACCCCUGCUGCUGUAACCAGAAGUCUUCCUGCUGUAAGCCGCAGUCCUGCUGUUGCAGCAAGUGUGGAUGUAACCCCUGCUGCUGUAAACCACAGUCCUGCUGUUGCAGCAAGUGCGGCUGUAACCCCUGCUGCUGUAACCAGAAGUCCUGCUGCUGCAGCAAGUGCGGCUGUAACCCCUGCUGCUGUAAGCCACAGUCCUGCUGUUGCAGCAAGUGUGGAUGUAACCCCUGCUGCUGUAAGCCGCAGUCCUGCUGUUGCAGCAAGUGUGGCUGUAACCCCUGCUGCUGUAAGCCACAGUCCUGCUGUUGCAGCAAGUGCGGGUGUAACCCCUGCUGCUGUAAGCCACAGUCCUGCUGUUGCAGCAAGUGUGGCUGUAACCCCUGCUGCUGUAACCAGAAGUCCUGCUGCUGCAGCAAGUGCGGAUGUAACCCCUGCUGUUGUAACCAGAAGUCCUGCUGUUGCAGCAAGUGCGGAUGUAACCCC